ACACGGAUAAAGCGGAUUUGGUGGAGGGAGACGGUUUCGCAUUGCUUCGGCAGGGUUGAUCGACAUUUGAUCGGUUUGGCGUUGCUCAAACGCGCACGUAGUCCGGAAAACAAUUGUUACGGGACCGCGAUUGGUGCGGCUGUCAUCGGCGCAGAAGGAAUCACCCGACAGGGAAAAACAAAGCACUUUUCACCAAAUCCUUCCACGAGUGGUGCAUUCCAUCGCGAUACCGCAUCUAGCCGGCGAACAGAAGCGUCUCCCAGCUCUCCGCCAUCGUCCUCGGACAGAGAGAGCUGUCCGCUGGUUGCCCCCGUGUGAUCCGUCCGACGUCCCACGACACCCUCCGGCACACUUUCUCCUGGUGGUCAGUGCCUGCCAACGAAGCACACGCCAUCACCAGCCAAGCGCGAUGUCGGCAGCAGCGUGUACGGCCGUGCUGAAGCGAGAGUUCCCGUCGAUCGAUGGCGAGCUGCUGUCGUACGUGGAAACCGUCCUGCAGAGCAGCGCGGACGAGUUCGAGAACGGCGAGGAGGUGUACGAAGCGGUCGGCGAGAUACUGCACGAGGUGGCACAGGACAAGUCCGAGGACGAUGUGCGCGAGAUUUGCGACAAAUUUCUGCGGCUGCUAAAGCCCUCGAACGGCUCGCUCGGUGAGAAUGGGGACGGGGAGGGCGAUGGUGGCGGUGGAGGAGGUGGUGGCGGUGGCGGCGGUGGUCCCAAGCACAAGAAGAUUCUGUCCGCCCCGAUCAAUCUGGGCGAGAUGGCGGCCACGCAGGAGAUCGCGAACGACGACAUACAGAGCAUCUGGGUGGUGCAGCGGGACGACAGCCUGAAGGUGGACAGCAAAAAGCUGGAAAAGGCGGAAGCGAAGCGCCAGCAAAAGCUGGAGAAGCGGCAGGAAGUGAAGGCGGCGGCGGCGGCCACCGCAGCGACUGCGCCGGUCCUGCAGACGGCCACCGCCUCGCAGGUGAUCAGCAAGAAGGACAACAAAAUGGAAUCGAAGGGCACGAACCGGUCGAUGGACAUACGGAUCGACAACUUCGACGUGUCGUUCGGCGACAAGACGCUGCUGCAGAACGCGGAUCUGCUGCUGGCGUCCGGCCGGCGGUACGGGUUCGUCGGCCGGAACGGGCUGGGCAAGACGACGCUGCUGAAGAUGAUCUCCGGCAAACAGCUGCAAAUCCCCAGCCACAUCUCGGUGCUGCACGUCGAGCAGGAGGUGGUGGGCGACGAUACGACCGCGCUGGACAGCGUGCUCGAGGUCGACACGGUGCGGACGGAGCUGUUGCAGCGCGAGCGGGACCUAAACGCGCAGAUAGCGGCCGGUUCGACCGACGCCAACCUUGGCAACGAGCUGUCCGAGGUGUACAAUCAGCUGCAGACGAUCGAAGCGGACAAAGCGCCGGCCCGUGCCUCCAUCAUCCUGAACGGGUUGGGCUUCACGAAGGAGAUGCAGGCCCGUGCGACCCGCACCUUCUCGGGUGGGUGGCGUAUGCGACUGGCGCUCGCCCGGGCCCUCUUCUCCAAGCCCGAGCUGCUGCUGCUCGACGAACCGACGAACAUGUUGGACAUCAAGGCAAUCAUCUGGCUGGAGAACUAUCUGCAGAACUGGCCCACGACGCUGCUGGUCGUGUCGCACGACCGGAACUUCCUCGACACCGUACCGACCGACAUCCUGUACCUGCACUCGAUGCGCAUCGAAACGUUCAAGGGUAACUACGAGCAGUUCGACAAGACGCGCACCGAGCGGCACAAGGCGCAGCGGCGCGAGUACGAGGCACAGCUGGCCCACCGGAACCACGUGCAGGAGUUUAUCGACCGGUUCCGCUACAAUGCAAACCGAGCGGCUAGCGUACAAUCGAAGAUUAAGAUGCUGGAAAAGCUGCCCGAGCUGAAACCGGUCGAGAAGGAGAUCGAGGUGACGCUGAAGUUCCCCGAGGUGGAACCGCUCAAUCCGCCGGUGAUGACGCUGAACGAGGUGCAGUUUAAGUACAGCGCGGACAAGGUGAUAUUUACCAGCGUCAAUUUGGGUGCUAAUCUCGACUCGAGGAUAUGUAUCGUCGGUGAAAACGGUGCCGGUAAGACGACGCUGCUGAAAAUCGUGGUCGGCCUGCUGCAACCGACCGGCGGGCUGGUGCACAUGCAUCGUGGCCUUCGGCUCGGCUACUUCUCCCAGCACCACGUCGACCAGCUCGACAUGACGGUGAACAGCGUGGAGCUGCUGCAGAACGCGUACCCGGGCAAACCGAUCGAAGAGUAUCGGCGCGUGCUCGGCAGCUUCGGCGUGUCGGGCGAUCUGGCGCUGCAGGUCGUCGCCAGCCUGUCCGGAGGGCAGAAGUCGCGCGUCGCGUUCGCCAAGAUGUGCAUGGGCCGGCCGAACUUCCUCGUGCUGGACGAACCGACCAACCAUCUCGACAUCGAAACGAUCGAGGCGCUCGGCAAAGCAAUCAACAAGUACACCGGUGGAGUUAUACUCGUGUCUCACGACGAACGGCUGAUUCGCAUGAUUUGCAAGGAGCUGUGGGUUUGUGGCGGCGGUACGGUCAAGAGUAUCGAGGGCGGAUUCGACGAGUACCGGAAGAUUGUGGAGCGCGAGCUGGAAGCAUUGGCUGCGUAAUGUUCUCCUGCUAAUACGACUAAAACCCCCUCAAACUGGACCUACCAUCUCCCAACCUACC